GCCCUCGUCAAAUAGCCUACAAAGAGGGUUGAACAGGGAAGGGGAGGGGGAUGACAGGAACACUAAUCCAAUUCCCUUACGUUACCGCAUAGCCUAUCUUCAACCUCCCCCGCCUGUUUCUCUGGGUCAGUAAAAACAAUGAAUUAAUACAUUUAGGAUAUCAUAGAAUCCCACUUCAGGGCGACGAUAUAAAUAAAUAAUUUAACAAUGCGGUGUUCCGCCCGGGUGUCAAAGGGACGACUGCGCAUCUUUGUGGCUGAAUGCCGGAAAAGGAUAUGUUGAUGUCCGGACUUGGAGACGUAGCGUAUUGCCAAACAUAUUUUAUCAUUUUGUUAAACCACUGUCAAAAAUCAUCGAUUCUAACAUGUGUACAGAGGGGGGGUCUAAGCAUUCCGUUGGCCCAUGUGCCUCUGCAUCAGUCCCGUCCUGCUGAAGCAUGUCUCGUCGGAAACAGAAACGGCCCCAGCAGCUCAUGAGCCCGCUCCCUGCCGGCUCUCGGAUAGAUCAUGAUGACCAGUCUGCAGUGAAGUCUUUCUCCUUUCUUCUGGCCACUGACUCCUCCUCCUCUUCAUCCUCCUCCUCUCCUCAGAGCUACCAGCCCCCCCUGGCUCCCCGUCCCUACUUCGGGGUGCUUCACACCCCCUCUCUACCAAGCGAGGGCUCCCCCCUGUCCCGCUCCCCUGGCCAGCCCACACCCUGCCCCAUCUCCCUUACAGACCUCCAGUCCUCCCUUUCUCCUGACUUCCCCCACCCCUCACUCUCCUCCCAGACUGUCCUGUGCCUUCCCAACACCACCUCCACGUCUCCCUCCAGUCAGAACCACCCUCCCUGCUCUCUCAUGGCGUCCCCUAAGCUAGGCGUUUCAGCCACGACCACCACGUCGUCUUCCUCCUCCUCCUCCUCCGCCUCUCUCUGUCCCCCGCCCCACCCUGGCAGUCCCAGCCCCGUGCCUGAAGGCCCCCCCAGCCCUGUGACACCUUCCCCGAGCCCUAGUGCUGCCUCAGCCCCCCAGCCCCGUGCCCACCUGAGCAUCGCAGUGAUCCUGGAGGAGCUCCGGGUGCUGCAGCAGAGGCAGAUCCACCAGAUGCAGAUGACAGAGGAGAUCUGCAGGCAGGUCCUGCGGCUGGGAGGGGCCUCCUGUGCCCUGGAGGCCCCCCAGAUCCUCCUGCCUCCUCUGCCCCAGCUCUGUCUGGAGGGCAUUGACAAGACCUCCAGUCCUACCCAGUCUACACCCACUCAGCCUCCGUGCUCUGUAGCCCCUCUCCUGGCCUGCUUCUCCUCUCUACUCCCUCCUCAACCUGCCUCUAAGCCCUCAAAGCCCAGCCACCCCCUGUCCCAUGUUCUGCGGCCCCACAAGCCCCAGAUGGAGAGUGCUGGAGGGGUUACUGGGUCUUAUCUUUACCCAGGGACCAGUGUCCGCCCGUCCUCUUCUUCCUCUUCCUCCUCUGCCUCCUCUGCCAUCUCCACCAUGGCAUCAUCUAACUACCCCCUGGCCCUUUCCCUGGCCCUGCCCGCCCGUUACCUCCAUGAGAAAUCCCCCAACACCACAUCAGCCAGCGGCCACAGUGGCCUGUCCUUCCUCACCCCGCCUGUUCCCAGCACCACAUCUUUGGCACCACCCUCCUCUCAGGAGGCCCACCUGUCGGUUUCCUCCGUGGGGUCCUCGUCCUCCUCCAUGGGGCGUCUGCAGCACGCCUGUCGGUUCUGCGGGAAGCUGUUCAGCAGUGACUCGUCUCUACAGAUCCACCUGCGCUCCCACACAGGCGAGAGGCCCUACCAGUGCCCCGUUUGUCUCAGCCGUUUCACCACCCGGGGCAACCUCAAGGUGCACUUCCUCCGCCACCGCGAGCAGAACCCCGAGCUCUCCCUCUCCCUCCUCCCCCCGUCCCUAUUUGGGCCGGGCAUGGGGCCAGUGGGCGGAUCUGAACCCCAAAGUCAGCCAAUGAGCAGCACAGGUCUGAGCGUCAGCGCGGCACAGGCUCAGAGGCGCCACAAAAGGCGGGCUGAGGAUGACCUGUAUGGAGACGGCAUGGAGGUGGGAGGGUCCGGGGGAGGCUUCUCUCUGGGGUCGUCCUCGGGUGCGCCGCCUUCCUCGUUGCCGCUGCCUCCCAGUGUGGACCUAGCCCUCAUCUCCACCGCCCACUCCCUCCUGCGCCUCAACCAAGCUGCCGCUGCGGCCGCUGCUGCCUCCAUGUCCUCCGCUGCUCCCUCACUCACAUCCUCCUCCUCCUCUGUAUCGUCCUCCCUUGCCUCCUCCCUCCUCUCUGUGCCCUCCUCGUCCGCCUCCGCCAUCGCUGGGUUCUUUAAGGGUGCAAAACAGCAGCGUUUUGAUGAGAACACGCCCCCUCAUCCUCCCAUGAUGUCUCACUCUGCUUACUCCCAGCUGGCCCACCUCCCUAAACUCCUGUUUCCCUCUGGCCCCCACCACCAUCACCACCCUGCUCUGGGACUGCUCCGUCCUCCGCCCACUACCCCGAGCUCCUCCCACCUCUCCUCUGCCCACUCUCAGCUCUCCUUUCCCUUUUCCCACUAUCCUAAAGCCCAAGCAUCUACGUCCUCCCCCUCCACCUCCUCCUCCACUCCCUCCUCAGACACCUCCAAGCUACAGCGUUUAGUUGAGAAGCUGGAGAAGGAGCCUCCCACCCCCUCUACCUGGGCUUCUUCCUCAGGGGAGACCUCCCACAGCAGCAUGGCCUCUGCAGGGUUUUUCAGUAGCGGCCUGAUGGGUGCCAGCACCUCCAGCACUUACGUGAUGGCUUCCCCACCAUCCUCCACCCACGCACCUGCCUCCAUCUCCAACUUCACCAGGGAGAUGGUGGCUGCUCUGGGCAUGAGUGCCAACGGUGGCAGCACUCUGGCAGGUGCCACCCUCCCUGGCCUGGGCAUCAUGAGCACCAGCUCCCUGGUCCCUAACCAGUGUGGGGUGUGUCUGCGUGUGCUGAGCUGCCCCAGGGCACUGCGUCUGCACCAGGCCACCCACCUGGGUGAGCGCCCCUUCCCCUGUAAACUGUGUGGACGCUCCUUCUCCACAAAGGGCAGCCUGCGGUCCCAUCUGGCCACGCACCGCGCGCGCCCUCCCAAUUCCCGCGCCCAGAACUCUUGUCCGCUGUGCCAGCGCAAGUUCACCAAUGCACUGGUGCUGCAGCACCACAUCCGCAUGCACCUGGGAGGACAACUGCCACCUGAGGGUGUUUCAGAAUCUCUGCCGGAGCCCUCAGAGGCGCCGGAUGCCAUCGCUGAGCUCCAGGCCCAGGCCCAGGCCCAGGCCAGUGACACUCCCAAGAUGUCCACUGAGAACUCCACUGCAUCCUCUGGCAGCCAGUCAAAGAGCUCAGCGUCAUUCACCCACUUUCAAACCCUAGUGGAAGGCUCUGCCCACUUAUCAGCCAGUGUGAAAUCACCAGACUGUGUUGGGGACCCGAACAGAUCUGACUCCAGUCCCGACCUGAUCCCACCCUCUGAUCUCAGCCCUGACCCUUUCCUGGACUCCACAUCACACCCCCCCCCACCCAGUAGUGCAGAGCCGCCGAUACUGCAUGUCAGCAUGGCCUCGCCGUCCCCACAUUUUGGAGAUCCAAGGUCCCCGGUCAGUGAAGACCAACAUGCUGAACUACGAGAUACAAGCACUGAGAUUCCUGCCAAUAAGACGAGCUCUGCCCCCACCCCCUCCACUGUCACCAAAUCCGCCCCCUUGUCCAGUCUCAUGAUGUCAGAUUGUCUAUUGGGUGAGAAUGCCCAUUCUCUUGAUGUCUUCUCUGGCCCCAGAUCAAACCUGGAGGAUCUGCUGAGCACUCCAACCCUUGGUGCCCCAGUGGCACACCCCAGCCCGGCCCCGUCGUUUAUCGCCGCUAUUAGCCCAGAGGACCCUAAACCCUCAUCAGACCCAGAACAGACCCUUAAACCCCAAAGCCCAAAGCCCACAGAAGAAGACCGGGUGGAACCUGCUGCACAAAUGCCAGACCAAGCCCCAAUAGCCGAUAUGGACCCAAGAAUGGCACUACCAACCGAAACUGGAGAGACAGACGACACUGACGCUAGGGAUGUUUCCCAGAAAGCUGUCCCCUACGCCAGGGAGACGAGGCAGGGGGUGUACAUCAGCUCCCACGGGAAAGAGGAUGGGAUUGGUGGUGUCAGUGACAGACUAGAAAGCACCAUUCCAAUCAAUCUGGCUCCCACUCUCCCCCCUCCCAUGUCGCGCCCAGAGAAAAAGACCUAUAGCUGUGCAGAGUGUGGGAAAGAGUAUGCCAGCCGGAGUGGACUGAAGGGACACAUGAAGCAUCAUGGAGGCGUUGUCAAGACAAUGCGCCCUUCGGCACGGAGCGGUCGCUCUGCCUCUGAGCGACUUCCUGCUAACACACCUACAACUUCCUCCAACCCCCCAGCCACCAGGAGCAAUGUGGGCUUCUGGAACCAGUACCAAGCCUUCCUCAACACCAGCAAUGACCCGAUGGAUGAACCAGCCCAAGGCCCGGCCACUAUAAGCAAAAUAGAAGACAGUGAGAUGCCCCGAUUGGCUGAGUCACCUGUCAGAUCCCUACAGUCAAAGGAACCUAUAACCGGAAGGGGCUCAGAGGAGUGUUCUGACGAAGGGCCUACUCUAGAGUCAAUGUAAUUGGCUUGGUGAUAUUCUGGUGCUCUCAAUGGACAUGCACUGUACCUUUGGGUCAAACCGUAUGGACUUUUGUAUUGUAUUGCUUCCAAAUUAAUUUGAGUAGUCUGUCAGUUUGGUAGUGUGUGAGUAAAUUGUUUAGUUUGUGAAAACUGUAAGUUGGCCAUCCUGGCCUUUUGUUUUAAAAGAGGAGGAAUUUGCAAAAAAAAAUGACAUGGCUCCAGAAUUUAAAGGUUUAGGAAGCCAGAAGUCACUGUCAAGAUGUUGGGUUCUAGAACAAGAGCUCUGUUAGACAAAGAGCUUGUCUCUAAAUUUAGGGGUCCGUUUCCUGAACAGAGUCUGUUAUGAUAGAUAGAAUGUACAGUAACAAGUUCCACACAUAAACAAUUCCUUCACUCAAACAUAAAGGGAAAUGUAGGUAGAUCAGAAUGGGAGGGGUCACAACUUGACUUGUCUAGUAGUUUCAAAACAAGGCUGUCAUAGAGAUGUAGUCUCAUCCUCCUUUUGUAAAAAAAAAAGAAGAAAAAAAAGAAUAGUUUAUGUCAUUGUGGUUUAUUAGUUUUGAAUAACUCUUGAUUACUCCAUUCUCUUCUUAGUUCAAACAGAUAGACAGAGAAGCAGUUAAGAGAUAAGAGAGGGUUCCAGGUGGAGAAGAUACAGAAAUUGUUUUUUGCGUGAACCUUUCCUUUGGAUGUUGUGAAAGUGCUGAUUGUUCUUUGGUCUCAGUCUGUUUUCUGUAACUCAUUGUUUUUGGUUCAUGAUGUAUCGAUAUAACAAACAAAAAAAAGAAUCAGAUGUCUACGGCUGAUAGUGUUGUGAGUUGUACUUUCAGUGUAUGCCCCAAAAUUAGAAGGGAUACAAAAUAACAUAAAAAACAACUGGGAAACUA